AAAACCACAUGCGCCUCUUCCUUCCCCAGCCUCGCCAGCCAGCAAGCACCAGGGCUGAGAGAGAUGCGCUCGCUUGACGACAAGGCAGCAACGAAAUGCGCUCAGCUCCGCAGCCGGUCCGCGGAUAGCUUCGCCCUGACGGCUCGCCUACCGCGAUGGGUUAGAGGGAACAUGGCAAACUUUCACUCACUUUGCCAGACCCAGGGGAAUCAUGCCCGGAGAGCCGCGCUGCCGACUGGCUCAGCCCAGAGCACAAUAACAGAGAAGUGAGAGAGAGAGAAGAGGAAAGAGAGGAAGGGAGCCGCAUCUAUUUCUGACUAUUUCUAUUCCGGCUCGGCGUUGAGAGAUGAUCACGGAGCUGGUGUGCACCGCCGUGGCUGUGGGUCUCUAUCUGAACACGCUGGACGCAGAUUUCUGCUACGAUGACAGCCGGGCCGUCAAGACGAACCAGGACCUUCUACCGGAGACCCCGUGGACCAACAUCUUGUACGACGACUUCUGGGGGACCCUGCUCACCCACAGCGGCAGCCACAAGUCGUUCCGCCCGCUCUGCACCCUCUCCUUCCGACUCAACUACGCCCUGCACGGCCUGCGUCCCUGGGGUUACCACCUGUCGAACGUCGCGCUCCACGGCCUGGUCACGGCGCUGGUCACGGCCCUCAGUCACGCGCUGCUCGGCAGGGGGCUGUGGAGCCUCCUGGCCGGCCUCCUUUUCGCCUCUCAUCCGGUUCACACCGAGGCGGUCGCCGGCGUGGUCGGCAGGGCGGAUGUCGGCGCCGCUUUGUUUUUCCUGCUGUCUCUCCUCUGCUACGCGAGACACUGCGGACUGCGAGGCGACAACUGGAGGGCCUUUGAGAGGAGAACAUGUGGCGCCAGAUGCUGGGGCUGGCUGCUGGGCAGCCUGUGGUGCGCAGCUGCCAGCAUGUUGUGGAAGGAGCAGGGUGUGACCGUGCUGGCUGUGUUGGCUGCGUACGACCUCUUUGUGUUCCAGAAGCUCCGCUUUCGCCAGGCACUGCUCCUCCUGUUAGGAAAGAAAAAGAACCUAAGUGUAUUGCUGAGUCUCUGCACGCUGGCCUGCUGGGGAGUGAUUUUGCUGUCAGCCCGCCUCUACUGGAUGGGAAACAAGCCUCCAAACUUCUCCAACUCAGACAACCCAGCGGCCGAUUCGCCGCAUUUUCUCACUCGGACACUAACAUUCCUGUACUUGCCUGCUGCCAACGCCUGGCUCCUGCUCUGCCCCGACAAGCUCAGCUUUGACUGGUCCAUGGACGCCGUGCCCUUGGUCAGGUCCUUGGCCGACUGGAGGAACCUUCACACUGUUGCCUUUUAUUGCGGAUUUAUCCUCCUGGCUUUGUUUGGCCUUCGAGGUUCCGCUUUCACAGCGAAGGAGACCAAUGGGAGAGCCCAUGUAACAAAUGGAAAAUCUGUCACUAAUGGGAAUGGUUACCAUGCCUUUGACACAAACCAAAACACAGACCUCGGGUUGCCAAAACCCACUCUGAAUGGGUCUGCUGUACCUCACCACUGUUACUCACAGACAUCCCUGCCCCCCACAGAAAGCUUAGUUGUGUUUUCAUUGGGCAUCUUGGCAUUGCCUUUCAUCCCAGCCACCAACUUAUUCUUCUAUGUGGGUUUUGUGAUUGCAGAGAGGGUACUCUACAUCCCCAGCAUAGGCUACUGCAUACUAGUUGCAACAGGUGCACGGACUUUGUAUGUCCGAUUGAGGACUAGAGCCUGCAAGGCUGUAAUGGUGUGUCUUUGCAUCGGACUUGUGCUACUGAAUGGGCUCAAAACAGUUCAAAGGAACAAAGACUGGAGCAAUGAAGAAAAUCUCUACAAGUCUGGGAUUCAUGUAAACCCUGCAAAAGCCUGGGGAAACCUCGGUAAUGUGCUGAAGAACCAGGGCAAGAUGGCGGAGGCGGAGAAGGCAUACCGAAAUGCUCUCCACUACCGAGGGAACAUGGCUGACAUGCUGUACAACCUGGGCUUGCUGCUGCAGGAGAAUGAACGUUUCUCUGAGGCGCUGCAUUAUUACAGGCUCGCCAUCGGGAGUCGGCCGACUUUGGCAUCGGCUUACUUGAACACAGGAAUAAUCCUCAUGAACAAGGGCAACUUGGAGGAGGCCAAACGCACCUUCCUCACUUGUGCCGACAUUCCGGAUGAAAAGCUGAAGGACCCUCAUGCCCAUAAGAGCUCCGUCACCAGCUGCCUGUACAACCUGGGGAAGCUGCUUCAUGAGCACGGCCAGCAGGAGGAGGCUCUGUCUGUUUAUAAAGAAGCAGUGCAGAAAAUGCCAAAACAGUUUGCGCCACACAGCCUUUUCAACAUGAUGGGAGAGGCCUACAUGAGGCUGAACAGGCUGGAAGAGGCUGGUUACUGGUACAGAGAGUCCCUCAAAGCCAAGCCGGACCAUAUCCCCGCCCACCUCACCUACGGCAAACUCCUGUCAAUCACGGGGGAGACGACUGAAGCAGAGAAAUAUUACCAGAGAGCAAUCCAGCUAGAUCCAUCUAAAGGGAACUGCUACAUGCACUAUGGUCAGUUCCUGUUGGAGCAGUCCCGGCCUAAAGAAGCUGCGGAGAUGGCUGAGAGAGCUGCGGAGCUGGACGUCGAUGAAUUUGACGUGGUCUUCAAUGCUGCACACAUGUUAAGACAGGCCAAUCUGAACGAGGCAGCAGAGCGGCAGUAUGAACGUGCAGCCGGCCUCAGACCAGACUACCCAGCUGCUCUGAUGAACCUCGGCGCCAUCCUGCACCUGAACGGCAAGCUUCCCGAGGCGGAGGCCAACUACCUGCGUGCUCUUCAGCUCAAACCGGACGACGCCAUUACCCAGUCCAACCUGCGCAAGCUGUGGAAUAUCAUGGAGCGCCAGGGGCUCAGGACAAAGCAGAAGGGAGACCCCUAAAUUGAGCAGACUGUCGCCUUCUUCCUUUGCAGGACUCAACGAACGGAGCAGGAUAGACACAAAACUCUCAGUCAAGUUCUGGGAUGGCUGUGAAAGGGAAUUUUGGGGCUGGGUGCGUUUGGGGUUUGAUGGCAGACUUCUCCGUUGCACCACAGUGUCCAUUUGGUGGCUCAGACUACUAAACACCAAUCUAAUGGCUACUUUUACCAUGAAUGUCAUACAGGUCUCGUAAAAGGAGAGAUGCACCAAUAAAUUGGCUGACCAGCUCAGAGCAGCGAUGUCAAAAACUCAAAAAAAAAAAUACUAUCUUUCUUCCAACCAACGAAUAAGGCAUAAGUAAGCACUGACAACAACACUGCUGGGUGUGGAAGGUGUUACUGAGGGAAGGUGGAGCAAUCAGAGGAAGCACAAAAGCUGUAGGAGACUGUUUGAAAGAAAAGAGCCAUAAACUUCAGCAGAUGACAGGAAGGCUGAACAAAGUAAAGAGGGUACAUCAAUAUAAAACGUUGACAGCCUCGGUCUUCUCAGAGCUAAGGUAAAGAUUUACAUUCUCUCUAGAGCAGUGGUUCUCAACCUCAUUAUAGCAAAUUCUAAUUUGCUAAGUACCACCAGGAUGAGAGACAGUUUAAAACAGUAACACAACAAGACUUGGACUUUCUUAGUUGUGUUUCGUUUUCUGAAGAUAGGAACGUAAGCACUGAUCGUUUGCCUGAUGGGUGCAGGUUUCUUACCAACACUGACCAGAAUACCUAACAGGGCUGCCACGUGUUUACCACAUUGUAAGAUUUGUGGAAAUAAACUGUUUAUUUGCACUUUUGACAGUAUCUCACAGUAUCAUUAGAAAUGUCCCUUAUUUUGUACCGUCCAGUCCCUGUUAGUGAAUGUCUUACUUUAGUGUUGGACUUAAUGAAACACAAAGACUUACAUAGUAAUUCGUUUAUACUGCUAAUGUUAGUUAACUUGUCUCUGGACACAGCACCUAGAUCUGACAUCCUUCUCAGAUCCAUGUACUGACUUGGAUCUGCCAUUAACCACACAGUUUAAACGAAAACUAAUGGACAGAAUCAGAGGGAAAAGUAGUUUUUAAAUACCCUACGCAGCGAGUAAAGCACUAAGAAAUUAAAUUGUUGUAAACUAUACCAACAUCAGCAUCUGACUAAUGAAAGAAAUUUGUAUCUGCCAAAGAACCAUGCUUUUUCUGUCCCAUUGAAGUGUUUUUUUUUAAAAUAUAUCUUAUGAAAUUUUGUUUCAAUGUAUAAUGGAGUUUUUUUUAGGCUACAUUGCACAUAUUAAUUUAUUGUUUCUUCAAAGGCUUACAAUUUUUUUUCUUCCAAUUUUUUAAUAAAACAGCAGAAACUACACAUUUUGGACACAACAAAAAGGCUUAUCAAAAGAAAUGUAUUCAAUUAAAAAAAAUCCCUUUUUAUCCAGUGUUGUUCUGGUGGAGUCCACAAAUUUUUUCGGUCUGAGAAGUUUGAGAACCACUGUUAAUAAUACACAUGGAGACCGCUCUUUACAGUUAGUAAUGUUAACUACACUAGUUGUGGUGAUCACUAAUAUACAACACUAAGGACAUCUAAACAUCAACUCCGUGAUCGUACAAUAAUAAUAAUUUACAUAUAGAUAAAUAAAGAUUUACCACUUAGAGAAGCAAGGCUAGAAUAAAAUGUUUGCGGAAACUUUGGAAUCAGCAAAGAUUUCUGUCAGAAAGUUGAAGCUUUACAAAAAUAACAUCUGAAAUCAACCGUAACACUCAGAUUGGUGCAUCUCAAAAAAAGGAAGAAAAAUAAAAAAGAAGAAAAGAAAAAAGAGUUUCCAUAAAUAUUGAGUUCACUGUAAAAAAAAAAAAAAGGUGUAUAACAGUAAAUUAAAUGAGGAACUUGCUGAAUUUUUUUCAGCUGUAGCAAUUUUGAAAUUCACCACCAACAAACUGUGUUUCGUAUCACUAUUCUUCUUUGACAAGGGACAAAUAAAAAAAGUUUACACGCAAAGAUUUACACAUCUGAGCAGGUUUAAACAAAAUAAUACAUAAUUGACAGCAAAAAAAAUAAAAUAAACAAUUGAUGUCUAAAGGAAUUAUAGCAUGAAUGUAGCAUAUCGCUUAAGGCGUGGUUGCUUUUGGCACAAAGCUAGCCAGUUUCUUGUUGGUUAAAUUGCAUGAUGGGUGCUAUUCUCUGUCUUUUUUUUUUCCAAACGGAAGAAAAAUCCCUUGGUAAGUGAGUGGUCCUCAAUAAAUAGUACUGGAAGAGAACCAGGUAUUGAAAGAAAGCAAAGGGAUUUUUUUUUUCCUUUGGUACCACCCUCUUAUACAAGCCAGUCCAGUUAAAUAUUGGUACAUUUUGAACAUUUGAAACAGAAGAAAAAAACAUCUCAGUGGUGCCAAAGCUUGUAAUGAGUUCCCACACCUCCUGUGCCAAGCAAGAUCUGUAAGCGCUCGCAUAUUUUUUUUUUGUCAUGUCAGACAAUGUUUCAUACUAUGUGAUCAAAUGAAAUUUAAUUUAUUAAUAUGUAUCAUAAAUGCCAACUUUGUGCCAUAUCAUCUCACCCUUGUUCUUUCCUCCAAACAGACUCUAAUAGGCAACAUGAGAGUUAUAUUUGUCUUGGUUUUUGCCUCCCUCUCUACUCGGGUUGUGAGAACUGAUGAUCUGUGACAGAGCGAGAGAGAGAGAGAGAGAGAGAGCUUCUUCACAUGUGUUAGAUGUUCUUUGAAGGUUGUGAUGUUUGAUUAAAUUAUAGAAUCGGUCUAGCUGAAACUGUCUGGUGUUUUGUAAAAUGAACAAUGAAGACCUUUCCACAAUAAAAGUUUUUUCAAGCGAG